AUGGCUGUACCAUUUCGUGCAAAAGAUGUUGCAGCUGAAAAUACAGAAUUCGGACAUCCAGAUGUAGCUAUUGUCUUAACACAAAUUUCCUAUUACUAUAAAGGCUUGACAGAUUCACAAAUGCUUCAAUGUUUUAAUCGUUUGAGUCAAGAUGAAAGCGAUCCGGAAAUAAUCUAUGACCAAUGGAUUUCAUUGGAAGAAGAAAAUGAUAUCAUUGCAAGUAUAAAACAAUGGAAAAGAGUUAAUCUAAAAGAUUAUCAACAACGAACUCAACUACUCUUUCCAACUUUACGAUACAAUAUGCUAGUUAUAAAUUAUUUUCUCAAUCAUUUUGUUUUCCCUCAAGAAUCAAAACAAUUUCCACAUAAAUUAGUUGCUUCUGCUUGGGAUCUAUUUUCAUCUUUACGAGAGAAAAUCAUCACUGGAUUUAGUGGUACAAAUGAUACUCAAUUAUUAUUGCCUGUUCAUAUUCGUCAAUGUGAUUUAGCAGAACUUCAAAAAACGGACGCCAUUGUUCUUAAUAAUUUACUUCGGCCAGAAAAUUACCAUUAUCAAUAUUUACCGAUUAGUACGAGCUCUGACGAUAUCUUGAAACGUAUUAUUAUUAGCCAACCAACGAUUCAAGUCAUUCUAGACGUUGGUGCAUUGUUCGUUGAUGGAACCAAUCGUCAAAUAGCGGUCAAAUGGUUAGAUCUAUCGGAUAAAAUUAAAAUCGAUUAUGUUGUAUAUUUUGAAUCAGAUUCGACAUUCGUUUGUGAUUAUCAAUAUCAGCAUCAUGCUUUUUUAACAUCACCUGCUAGUGAACGUCUUGAUCGUUGUGUAUUUUAUUUAGAUGAAAUUCAUACGAGAGGAACAGAUUUUAAAUUUCCGAAUGAAUUUAGAGCUGCUGUUAUCUUAGGAAAUGGUCUCACUAAGGAUCGCUUAGUUCAAGCAUGUAUGAGAAUGAGAAAAUUAGGUAAACAUCAUUGGUUAAGUUUUUGGAGUUCAAACGAAGUUCAUCAACAAAUUCGAACAAUGAAGAAAAAUUCAAUUUCACCAAAUGAAAAGGAAGAAAACAUUGAUGAUCGAAUUACUCUGACUGAUAUUCUUCGUUGGGUUUAUGAAAAUACUCAACAGACAACUUGGGGUGGAUUACAUCUUUGGGCAACACAAACUGUUUCAAAACGAUUAUGGGAUUAUGGUGGUUCAAAAAAACUUCUCACACAAUUAUUAGAUGAAGAGCAACAACGAGAACUAGAGCGAGAACAAGAAUUGGAAGAAGAACGACAACAGAAACGUCCUCCAUCUGUUCGUCCCUAUGAGCCUCAAUUACACAAUGAGAUCAAGGCUUUAUGCGAUAUGCAUGGUCCUAUGUUGAAUUUAUCAAAAUUAACUUCAGUAUUUUGUCCCAUUGCUGAUGCUUUUCUUGGUACUACACUCUAUCGUGAAUGUCAACCACAUUGUUGGCAACAAAAUCUUUGGAUUACUGAUGAAUUCAAACGUGUGAUUCAAACAUAUAGAGAAUCAUUAGAUCCUUUUCUACGUCCUGCACGAUGGAUUCUGAUCUAUCGUAAUGAACAUAUCAUUUUUGUAAGUCCUUUCGAAGCCAAUUGGCUAAUGGGUCGAUUACAUGAUCUUUAUCGUAAGCAAUCACCUGGAGAAUUAUUCACUACAACAUUACGUCUAUUGUUACCACGGACUAGGCGAGAUCAAUCAAUUAUAGUUAACACAACCACUUUAAAAAUUCCUCCGUCAAUUGGACCCGAUCGUGGUGCUGUUACAUUCCCAAUUCCGAUUGAAUGGUUGGUGGCAUUAUUUAUUUUUAAUGGCACGCUCUACUUUGAAACUACCGAUGAGCAAGCAGCCUAUUGUCGUUGCCUAGGUGUAUGUCCCAAACCUCGUACUGAGAUUGAAGAAGAUGCUUUUGAGAAAUGUUGGAUUACUGUUGAUGGAUUCGUGAAAAAAUCAGAUUAUCGUGACCUUUUACAACUUCAACAAUGUCGUUUUCAUGCCAAUCCUUUAGCAUUCGUUAGAAAAUUAGUCAAAAAUAGAAACAAUACACAUGCACCUCUUAUAUCUCAUGUCGUUAUUCAAUAUUAUCAUUUUUCAUUUGAACAAAAAGUUAAAUCAUUAGGUUUUACAUCUAAUUUAAAUACAUAA